AUGAUCCCCUUCAAACAAAUCCAGCUCCUCACUGCCCUGGUCGCCAUAGCACCUAGUGUGCUUGCAGACUGCACUUUAUCGCUCGGUUAUACCCGAACCCAGAACCCCAUCGGUGGAGGCGAUAACACUUACACUUGUACCGCAUCGCUGGACUAUGGCGAUGGCCGGAUGGACACUCUAGACACGGAAUGUAACCAUGUUACUAGAGAUUCCUGCUACAACUCUCAGCUUCAGUGGAGGAUUUGUGUCACAACCAACUCGGACUUAUCAGACGGAUACGUUGACUAUAGCGCAGAGCACCGCGACUUUAACGAGGAUGGAUGCACCAAGGACAAGUGGGCUACUAUUUCAGGGGAUGGUGCUACAACCAAGUGUACUUUCCCCUGUUAG